AGAACGUACUGAAUCCCCAAUGGAAUCUUCUCCGUCAGCACAUUAUGCAAUUUCCCGAGCGGCCCGUCGCGGAAGGUGGCGGAUUCGCCAAAGAGGAGGAUGAUAACGAAGGCGGCGAAGAGGCCGAGGUAGAGGGCUAUUGAUGGGAGGGCGUCCAUUGAUGUCGGGCGGAGGCCGUGGUACAUUGGGAAUUGUGAAUGCCUCUGACGCGAGGCCAAAAAUGACGACGAACGGCUUGGAAGUUGGCCUCAGACAUUCCCACCAACUCGGGCUAGAUCACUCACGGCCACACUUAUUUCUCAUUCCAACAUGGAGGCCAUUCACAUAGUCCUCGUAUGGGCAUUCAUAACAGCCACGGUCGAGAAGCUCGGCUACGCAGCCAUAUCCAAAAAAGUAUGCGGCGUGUACCGCUCGAUAGUGUCGCCGGGUGAACAGAAGCGGUUGAGGGGGAUGCGGGGCAAAAUUGUGGACGUUACGAGGGAGUUGAGGGGGACUAGUGCGCAGGAUGAGUUUGCGAAAUGGGCGCGGCUACGACGGCAACUAGACAAACUCAAAGCGGAGUACGACACUGCCGCCCAAUCCGACACCCUAACGCGCACAACCAGCGAACUCAAACUCACAUGGAUCCUCCGCGCCCUGCUGUGGACGUCGCAGGUCUACCUGAUGGCGACGUAUCGCACGCGGCCGAUGCUGCAGAUGCCCAAGGAGGUGUUGGGCCCGUUUGCGUGGUUGGCGAGCUUUCCUUUUGGGGCGCUGGGAUCCGUGAGCGCCUUCUUCUGGUUCUUUGCAUGCAAGCGACUGUUCAAGAAAGUUUUGGAGUGAGGGGAGGCGGAUGAUGGGGCAGGAUUCAUCACGCCCCGUCACAUUUCCGCGUUUGCUCCAUUUUCAUCGCGAGCGGAGUGAGCGAUUGGUGGUUGUCUGCGGCGAGCACAGUUCGCUCUGCAACCCCCUCGCAUCACCCUCCUCGCCCCAACCUUGUAUAUAGAUAGCGUAGUGGCAUUGCA